AAAGGCUCUCAUUUCAGACACAGAUCUAAACACUCAUUGCCUCUCUCAGCACUACUUCUGAACUGUAGAAAAUGGACAUAAGGAUGUUAUUUUUCUUCUUUCUGCUUCUACCAUGGAUGUUAUGUGCAGCAGCACAAAAUGAUCAAAUGGAUCUUCAAGAAAAUGGUUUUCUGAGAGUGGAUUUAGAUGAGUGGCAGUCAGAAGACAGCAUUUUCAUGGAGGUAAAGAAAAAAAAGGAAAAGGUCAUUGCAGCCCCAGACUAUGAAACAGUUGAUAAUGCAGGUGAUGAAGGUUCAGCAGUAGAGAAAAAAGAAGCAGAUCUUCCCACUUGCUUGCUGUGUGUAUGCUUGUCUGGAUCUGUGUAUUGUGAAGAGGUCAGCCCAGAUUUGAAAUCAGUGCCGGCUCUGCCAAAGGAAACCACAUACCUUUAUGCACGCUUCAAUAAAAUCUCCAAAAUCACCAACAAGGAUUUUGCUGUUGGCACAUUGAAAAGGAUUGAUCUGACCGGCAAUCUAAUUUCGGAAAUAGAGGAUGGAGCCUUCUCUAAACUGGACCAACUGGAGGAACUAACACUGGCUGGGAACCAACUAACUAAAUUACCAAUGCUGCCUCAGAAACUGAUCUCACUCAAUGCCAAUCACAAUAGACUCAAAACAAAAGGAAUCAGAUCAAGUGUUUUAAAGAAACUCAAAAAGUUGGCAUACCUUUACCUUGGUGACAAUGAAUUGGAGGCCAUUCCACCACUUCCUGAGAGCCUGCAUGUCGUGCAUCUCCAUAAUAACAACAUAACCAUCCUGACGGAUGAAACGUUCUGCAAGGGCAAUGACACACACUACAUCAGGUACAACAUGCAGGAGGUGCGACUGGAUGGGAACCCGAUUAUACUUGCCCAGCAUCCAAACAGCUUCAUCUGUCUGAGAUCUCUUCCAAUCGGCCUCUACAAGUAAGCAGAGGAUGUGUCAGUGGAGGGACUGGAGAGAAAUCCUCUGUAGUCUGACUGGAACCUGGGGCUAAUAUCACAACAUUCAGUUAUUAUUCCAAGCUCCCUUAGUAUCUGCAAAAGGCUUUCAAAGCUUGGCCUUGUCAAGGGUUUGCGUUGCAAUUAGGCAGUAGAAAUGUCUUAUACCUCAAACUACUGUACUAAGUUGUAUAAAAAAGUAUACCAUCUGUGGAAUAUGUAUCAGACAAUAUAUUAAAAGCAUGUGGUGCAUGAAAAAAUAAACCUGUAAAAAAAAGCACAAGUAAAAAAUAACGCAUGGAAAGAUACAAUGCCUGUAAAGAAAAAAUGUUAUUUUCAUGAAUUUGUUAUAAUGUCUGACAAAUCUGAUAUUGUUAAAAUGAUUAUUACAAGUGAGAUGCUCUAAUAAUCUGAUCUUUUAACUGUUAAUACAUACAUGUUGAAAAAAAAACCUUUGCUCCUUUAGGCUUUCUAGGUCUCUUACUCUCAUUUAGGGACAGAGGUACAUUUUACAUAAAGAGUCAAUGUUAAAUCUA